AUGAAUUCUACAUCCCAAGAACUGGACGAGAGGCUCUGUACAUCCCCACAGUCGUUAGUAAAUCCUAUACAAACCCUGGAACAGAGGCAGGCAGAGCUAAGAUCAGGUGACAUCGGGGAAUCCUCAUAUUUUUGGAAUUAUGGGGGAUGGACACCAUGUUCUGCAAUCUGUGGAAAUGGAUUCAGAAAGCGUUUGGUGCUGUGUAUGAAUCGCUCGACUGGGAAGAGGGCAGAACUAGAGAACUGUGUGGCGUCUGAUAGGCCAGCGGACUCGGAGCAAUGUAAGGGAGAAGACUGUGAUUCGACUUCUGAGGACUCCACUGUGGAGUGGGAGCUGGGAGAUUGGGGACCCUGUUCCUCCUCCUGUGACAUCGGAGACCAACUCCAGGACGUGACCUGUGUCAGCACAGACCCCAGUGGGCGGACAGUGACGGUGGACGACCAGAAGUGUAUCCAGCUGUAUGGACGGAAGCCGGAGUACAGGAGGUCCUGUAACGAGAACAUUCCCUGUCCGUACUGGACCCCAGUGGAAGAGUGGUCCUCUUGUAACAAGGACUGUGGUAUGGGGGAGCAGAGUAGGGCGGUGCUUUGUGUCAGUAUAGACAACCGGAGACUGGCCGACAGUGCCUGUGACAGCACCAAAAAAGCCGCCUCCACCAGGCCCUGUAUGGUCAGACAAUGUGACAGUAACCCGGAAGAUCCUGGAUUAAACUGCAGAAAUUCUCCUUUUGGGUGUUGUCAAGAUGGAAGGACUGCAGCUCAAGGUUCUAAUUUUGAGGGCUGUCCACAGGAAUGUACUUCGAGUAGAUACGGAUGUUGUCCAGAUCAGAAAACACCAGCUAGAGGGCCAGAUGGAGAGGGCUGCCCACCAGAAUGCUUGCAGAGUAGAUAUGGAUGUUGUCAGGACCAAAAAACACCAGCUAGAGGGCCAAAUGAAGAAGGAUGCCCAUCAGAUUGUUCAAGAACAAGAUUUGGAUGUUGUUCUGAUAAUCAAACUCCUGCCAGAGGACCUAAUGGUGAGGGAUGCACUUUUCACUGUUCCAGAUAUAGGUACGGUUGUUGUCCAGACAAUGUAACAAUAGCACGUGGUUCUAAUGGUGAGGGAUGUCCAGUUUCUUGCUCUGGUAGCACUUAUGGAUGCUGCCCUGAUGGAAGAACAGUCAAGACAGGACCAGAUAAUGAAGGAUGUUCCCUUGAGUGUUCUAGAUACCGCUAUGGGUGUUGUCCUGAUAAUUUGACACCAGCAAGAGGUCCAAACGGUCAUGGAUGUCCAAAUGUAUGUACUACAUCAAGAUAUGGGUGCUGUGAAGAUGGUAGAACAGAGGCAAGAGGCCCUAAUGGAGAAGGCUGCCCAGCAGAUUGUUCUAGAAGAAGGUACGGCUGUUGUCCUGAUAAUGUCACUCCUGCUCGAGGUCCAGAAGGAGAAGGAUGUCCAAAUGCUUGUUCCACCUCACUCUAUGGAUGUUGUCCUGACAGGAAGACAGCUGCUAGAGGUCCAAACAGAGAGGGCUGUCCUGCUGACUGUAAUCGAUAUAGAUAUGGAUGUUGUGCAGAUAAUGUAACCCCUGCCAGAGGUGAGAAUGGAGAGGGUUGUCCUAGUAAUUGUACUAUGUCUCAGUAUGGCUGUUGUCCUGAUAGACUGACUGAAGCCAAAGGAUUCAACUUCGAGGGAUGCUCUAAUCAGUGCUUGAGGAGCAGGUAUGGAUGUUGUCCAGAUGGAAGAACAGAAGCAAGAGGUCCAAACAAUGAUGGAUGUUUUUAUGUUGAUUGCUCCAGAUACCAGUUUGGAUGUUGCUCAGAUAAUGUUACAAUUGCUAGAGGUCCAGAUGGAGAGGGUUGUCCCAGUAACUGUACACUCUCGGUGUAUGGCUGCUGUGCUGAUCAAGUGACAGAAGCUCAAGGGUAUAAUAUGGAAGGUUGUUACAGUGAAUGUUUGAGAAGUAGAUAUGGAUGUUGUCCUGAUGGGAUAAGAGAAGCAAGAGGACCAAAUGCAGAGGGAUGUACUGUAAGCUGUGUAGACAUGCAAUUUGGGUGUUGUCCCGACAACCAAACACCAGCAAGAGGUCCAAAUAGUCAAGGCUGCUACAUAGAUUGUUCCAGAUAUCAAUAUGGUUGUUGCUCUGAUGAGUACACUCCUGCCAGAGGCCCCGGGAGGGAAGGCUGCCCAAGUAACUGUACAUUAUCUCAGUAUGGAUGUUGUCCUGAUCAAGUUACAGAGGCUAAAGGCUAUAAUAAUGAAGGGUGUUUCAGAGACUGUAGAACAAGCAGAUAUGGUUGCUGUCAAGAUGGUAGAACAGAAGCAAGAGGACCUAAUGGGGAGGGUUGUGUGUUGGAUUGUGUAAGGCAACGCUUUGGGUGCUGCCCAGAUAGCAACACCCCAGCAAGAGGUCCAGAUGGUGAAGGUUGCCCUAGUGACUGUACCAAGUCCCUGUAUGGUUGUUGUUAUGAUGGAACAACAAGCGCCAGUGGACCAGACGGAAUUGGCUGUCCUCCUGACUGCCUGAGAUAUAGAUAUGGCUGUUGUUCUGAUAAUGUCACAAUUGCCAGAGGCCCAAAUGGAGAGGGUUGUCCAAGCAACUGUACUUUUUCUCAAUAUGGAUGCUGUUUAGAUGAAGUUACUUCAGCCAGAGGUUUCAAUUUUGAGGGCUGCCCUCCAGAAUGUCUGAACUCCAGAUAUGGAUGUUGUUUGGAUAACAGAACAGAAGCUAGAGGUCCCAAUGGAGAGGGAUGCCCCAAUAAUUGUUCACGAACAAGAUAUGGAUGUUGUCCAGAUCAGAAAACACCAGCCAGAGGUUCAGCUGGGGAAGGUUGCCCACCAGAAUGCUUGCAAAGUAGGUAUGGAUGUUGUCAGGAUCAAAGAACACCAGCAAGGGGACCCAAUAAAGAAGGGUGCCCCUCUGAUUGUUCAAGAUCACGGUAUGGUUGUUGUCCAGAUCAGAAAACCCCAGCCAGAGGGCCAAAUAGAGAGGGAUGUACUGUUCACUGUUCUAGAUACAGAUACGGUUGUUGUCCAGACAAUGUAACUAUUUCCCGUGGCCCUAAUAGUGAAGGAUGUCAAACUUCUUGCUCUGAUAGCACUUAUGGAUGUUGCCCUGAUGGAAGGACGGUCAAGAGAGGGCCAAAUGGAGAGGGGUGUGUUUAUGAAUGUUCAAAAACUCGUUAUGGCUGUUGUUUAGACAAUCAGACCCCUGCUAGAGGACCUAACCAAGAAGGUUGUCCCUCAAAAUGCAGGAACUCUACAUACGGAUGUUGCUCAGAUGGAGUUACACAGGCUAAGGGUCUAAACGGUGAAGGAUGUGUGUUUGAUUGUGAGAGAAGAACCUAUGGAUGUUGUGCAGACAACAGAACCCCUGCUAGGGGCCCCAACGGAGAAGGCUGUCCAAGAGUCUGUGAAUUAUCUAGAUUUGGUUGUUGUCCUUUUAGUAACAUCUCAGCAACUGGUCCCAAUUACUCUGGUUGUCCCUACACAUGUUUAACUAGUAUAUAUGGAUGUUGUUCAGACAACUACACAGCAGCUAGAGGUCCCAAUCAAGAAGGUUGUCUAAAAACUUGCGAGAUUUCAAGAUUUGGUUGUUGUCCUUUUAGUAACAUCUCAGCAACUGGACCCAAUUACUCUGGAUGUCCCUACACAUGUUUUACUAGUAUAUAUGGAUGUUGUCCUGACAACUACACAGCAGCUAGAGGUCCUAAUCAAGAAGGUUGUCGAAAAACUUGCGAGAUUUCAAGAUUUGGUUGUUGUCCUUUUAGUAACAUCUCAGCAACUGGACCAAAUUACUCUGGAUGUCCCUACACAUGUUUAACUAGUGUGUAUGGAUGUUGUCCUGACAACUACACAGCAGCUAGAGGUCCAGAUGGAGAAGGCUGUCCCAGUCCGUGUGAUCAGUAUCCAUAUGGAUGUUGUCAAGAUGGUAAAAUUCCAGCUAAUGGGCCUGGACAAGAAGGAUGUCUGCCAGGAAUUGCACAGUCAGAUUCAUGUGGUCUGAAGCCGGAGAGGGGACCUUGUACCAACUACAGCGUACUAUACUUCUACAACAGUACAGCUAAUCGGUGCCAGAGAUUUUGGUAUGGAGGUUGUGAUGGGAACGACAAUCGAUUCAAUACUGAGGACGAAUGUAAAGAAAAAUGCUCCGGAAGUAGAACAGAAAAUACCGAUAGGAGACCUGUAACAGCUAAACAGACCUGUCAGAACAGCUACUAUGGGUGUUGUCCUGAUGGUGUGACAUUUGCACGAGGGUCAAAUUACGAGGGCUGUACGCAGUCAGAGGACAGACCAGUUUGUCAGCAGCCCUCCGAUUCGGGACGGGAUUGUGAAGGGGCCAAACUUGAGAUCAGGUGGUACUACAAGACUGAUCUCCAGAGAUGUGACCGCUUCUGGUUCCGGGGCUGUGGAGGAAAUAACAACAACUUCAAAACCGAGGAGGAAUGCCAGCAGACGUGUACAGGGGGAGGUGGAAGACCAGGGGUGACUCGUGCACCCACGGUGACUCGUGCACCCACAACACGGGCCCCCUUACAGCCGGAGUCGGGCUCUGUGUGUGAGCUAGACAAAGUACGAGGUCCCUGUAGGGACUUUAGUGUGCAGUGGUAUUACAAUAAAACCGUGGGCCUCUGUAGUCAGUUCUGGUAUGGUGGAUGCGAGGGAAAUCGCAACCGCUUCGAAUCGGAGAGCGAAUGCGAAUCAGCAUGCCGUGGAGGGCCGGUGACCUACCCCACAGAGAGACCCCCUGUGUCCCCAUCCACAGAGGACCCUUGUCAGUUACCCCCUCAGGUUGGGCGGUGCAGGGCCCGCCUACAAAGGUGGUACUAUAAUGCACAAACCAAAGAAUGUCAGCUGUUUACAUAUGGCGGAUGUGGUGGCAAUGCCAAUAACUUCAGAGACAGGAAGGAAUGUUUCACCAGAUGCAUGCCAAAAGACAUGAUUAGGAACUUGAAUGUCCACCAUGCAACUUCUGAUGAGAUCAUGGUGAUUUGGGAGCCGCCACAGAACAAUGAUGUGGAGAGUUACAAGGUGGCUUACUUGGGAACCAAGUACUACAGAGAUACAGUGAAACAGGACCCGAUGAAGGAGAUAGUCCUGACCUCUGAUUCGCGCUCCUACACGCUGAAUAACCUAAUGGAUGGGGCAGAUUAUAUGAUCAAUGUGUACCCACAGUUCAAUGGGCGGGGUGUUGGGCCCAAAAGUAGCAUCAUGGGCAAGACCAAAACACUGUUGCUCUGUGAUGAUUCACGAUAUGGCUGUUGUCCUGAUGGAAUCACUGCAGCAUCAGGGCAGAAUUAUGCUGGCUGUGCUGAUGAAGAUCCCUGUAAGAAAUCGACUUGGGGUUGCUGUGAGGAUGGGAUUAGUGAAGCUACAGGACCAAACUUUGAGGGUUGUGACCUUGAUGGGCGACCUUCAGGAGAUUUCUGCAAUGAGACAGUGUAUGGAUGUUGUCCAGAUGGAGAAACCCCUGCCCAGGGAGCUAACUAUGACGGUUGUCCCAGAGAACCUGAGAUAACUCCAGUUGGUAUCUGUCAAAAGAAGGAAGAGAGAGGACCGUGUUCAGACUUUGAGGUCAAAUGGUUCUACAAUACAACCUCUCAGCGAUGUGACCGGUUCUGGUACGGAGGCUGCGAAGGAAAUGAUAACCGCUUUGAUGAUGAGGAGGCUUGUUCACGACGCUGUAAACAAACAACACCUGAUACAGGGUCAAAACCUGUCUGUGAGCAACCAAAAGUUACUGGGCCCUGCAGAGCUUACUUCAAAAAGUAUUAUUUCAAUGGAAGAGAAUGUGAAGAGUUCAUAUAUGGAGGUUGCCAGGGCAAUGAAAACAAUUUCGAAACUAUAGAACAGUGCGAGGAAACUUGCGAAAUUGAUAUUGACAAUACAAGAGGACAGGAAACCUGUCAGCAGCCAAUGGACACUGGACCGUGUCGCGGUAACAUACCUCGUUGGUAUUUUGAUAGACAGUCCAACCAGUGCCUGGAAUUCCUGUAUGGAGGUUGCCAAGGAAACACCAACAAUUUCGAAACUAGAGAAGAGUGUCAGAAGUCAUGUGCUUCCGGAACUGGACAACCAGACAGACAGGAUCAGGAUGUGUGUAAGCUGAACUCUGACACUGGCCCCUGUAGAGCUCUUGUCAUGCGCUGGUACUACGACUACAAUGAUGGCGUUUGUAGAAAUUUCAGCUACGGAGGAUGUGAUGGGAAUCAGAAUAAUUUCGAAACACAACAGGCGUGCGAAUCCACCUGCAGUAGAGACCAUGUGUGCAAGCCCUUCAUCACUGGACAGAUUCAGUGUCUUGCCUACCAGAGACGGUACAAGUAUGACGCCACAAGCGGAGACUGUAUGCAGUUCAUUUACGGCGGAUGUGGUGGAAAUUCCAACAACUUUGGAUCUGUGGAGGCUUGUCGCAGGAAGUGUGCUCCUGAGAGGCUGAGGCCUGCGGUCACUACAGAGUCACCCAUUGAGGGCAGCGGAGAUGGGGGAGAGGGAUACUGUCACCUUCAAGUGGACCAAGGAAGCUGUAAAGCACUUAUCCCUGCCUGGUACUAUGACCAUCUGACUGGACAGUGUAGUGAGUUCCAGUAUGGAGGAUGCGGAGGAAACGAAAACCGCUUCACAAGUCAGGAAGUGUGCGAGUCUUCCUGUAGCAGGGAAAAUGUUUGCAACAUGGAGAAAGAAGAGGGCAACUGUCUGGCAUAUUUCCAACGAUAUUUCUACAAUAAGAAAACCCAAUCCUGUGAGGGCUUUAUCUAUGGGGGAUGUGGUGGAAACGCCAACAAUUUCGACUCGCUGGAUGCAUGCAACAGAAAGUGUAUUCAGAGAGAGUGCUCCAACCAGGACUUCAGGUGUCGCAGUGGUCAGUGUGUGGAUGUCAGGCGUCGCUGUGACGGGGUGCCCGACUGUACCGAUAGGUCUAAUGAGGAUAGCACAAUGUGUGCACCUGUCACAACUUGUCCCGAGGGUUACUUCCGCUGUGCUGACCGCUCGUGCGUAGACGGCAGGAGAUGUGAUGGUAGACAGGACUGUGCCGACAACUCAGAUGAAUAUCAGUGUGUGGUUAAUACAACCUGUCCACAAGGUUACUUCCGCUGUGCUGACCGCUCGUGCGUGGCCGGCAGGAGGUGUGAUGGUAGACAGGACUGUGCCGACAACUCAGAUGAAUAUCAGUGUGCUGUCCAGAAUCCCCCUACCGAUGUUGAUGUGACUCCAUCGAGGGACGAUAACUACCAGGUGUUACUGCGAUGGAGAGCACCUGCCUCUAGUGGUCUUAACCCAGUACUUGAUUAUAAGAUUCUCUACACUAACCGAGGUCCUAGUGCUGACGAGAGUCAAUGGUACACACAGCAAGCAGAAGGCAACCAAGAGUACAUGUAUGUGUCCGGUCUACAGCCAGAUUCUACCUACUACUUCAAGAUCCAGGCCAGGAAUGCCGGGGGCUAUGGCCCCUUCUCCAGAGCUGUGGUCUACAUUGCACCAUCAAGAGUAACUGACGCCCCAAGAGGAAAGGACCCCAACUGUAUGCUUCCCGUGGACCGGGGCAGCUGUAACAACAUGACCAUCAUGUACCACUACGACCCGUCCAUCAGUGAUUGCCGACCGUUCCGUUGGUACGGCUGUACCGGUAAUGCCAACAGGUUUAGUAGUGGUCAAGAGUGUCGUAGCAGGUGCUGGGACAGGUACAACGUCAUCCCCACAAGGGGACCUGUCUACCCCACUGAGCGGCCACGGGUCACUAGCAGACCCACCUACCCGACCGAGAGACCACCUGUCACCACAAGGAGGCCCAUUUACCCCACCGAGGGACCCAGGGUCACUACGACCAGGGAGUAUACCGUCAAUGUGGACCUCUGUGAUGAGAAAGAUGAGCGAGGACCUUGCAGUAACUACUCUGUCAAGUGGUACUACAACAAGACGGAGCAGAAAUGUCGCCGCUUCUGGUACGGCGGUUGUGAAGGCAACGCCAACAGGUUCGACGACGAACAGGACUGUCAGGACGUGUGUAUUAAACGCGUUCGUCCCAAUCCAGGAACCCCUGCAACCACCAAAGCCCCAGAUGAUAAGGACAAUGAGAUCGAUGACAAGACCUGUGGGUCUCGCUUUGGCUGCUGCCCUGACGGAAUCACCCCUGCCAGAGACUUCUACCUCAGUAACUGUAAUGAUGAGACAGGACCAGACACUGAGGUUAUACAGGGAGACUACACCUCUCUGAUCAAGGAACCGGAUACCGAUGUGGUAAUACAGUGUAACCGAUAUCAAACCGGAUACGGUUCUAUCUCCUGGUACAAGGAUGGCUUCCAACUUGCACAAACUGGAAGAGUAUUUAUACAAAGUGACGGCUCUCUAUUGAUUCGUAUGGCUACAGUAGAUGACAGUGGAAUGUACGCCUGUAGAAUUGCCUCUGUCGGAUCCACCCCAGAAAUCGAAAGGUUUAGACUACAAGUGGAAGCUCGCGGGGAAAAAGUUCCAAUUACAAUCUUCCCAACUCCUGCCAAGAUUGUGGUCCAGCCGGGAAUGAACGCCUUCCUACACUGCCAGGCUUAUGGCAACCCUCGCCCCAGGGUAGCUUGGUCUCGGGACGGCUACGACGUGUCCCGUGAUCCCCGGUUCUCUGUGUACCCCAAUGGAACGCUGAUUAUCCAGCGGACCCUGGAGCAGGACAUGGGUAGCUACCUGUGUGUGGCCAACAAUGGAGUGUCCAAUCCGGCCCAAAGAAUCGUCAUGCUGCAGCUCAGAGAAUCAUUGCGGGCAAGUAUAGAACAAGUAGAGGAGAGGAAGAGGGAGGGGGAGACAUUGUACCUGACUUGUUCGGGCUUUGGUUACCCCACCCCCUCAAUUACCUGGGAGAAGAACGGCCUGCCACUCACAUCCGACCAGAGAAUUAAAAUCCAAGGAGGAAGUUUGAGGGUGAUAAACUUGGCACUUGAGGACACGGGCACUUACACAUGUAUAGUGAUGAAUGACGAGGAGAAAGUUGAGGACACUGUGUCAAUUCAAGUGACUCCAUUCGAUCUGCUGCCGUCUACUUGUGUGGACUCGGCCAGUAAAGUCAAGUGUUCCCUGAUCGUGGCUGCCCGCCUGUGUGGUCACACCAGAUACUCGCGCCCUUGCUGUGAGAGUUGUCAGAGAGAGAAGACGAGAAUAAUGCAGCAGUCCUCAACAAUCCUGGGUUAAAGCAGGCGCCACCAAUCUCAAUACUCAGCCAUACUGUGUCACGCCCUUUGAUAUAUAUACGUGUAACUUGUGCACUAUUUGGAAAUGAGUUGAACUGAAAUGAAAUGGCUAUUAUUAUAACAAACCCUCUAGAUCCUAGAGUCGACUUGUAAGUUUUUCUUUUUGUAUUUUUAUAUUAAAAAGAAUGUGUACUCUGUUGAUUUCUUGUGUUUUUGUAUGAAAUUAAGGAACACUUGUACAUGUUACUAGCCAUGUUAGAAAUCCUUGCUUUUUUGUAUGGAAUCCAUUAAAUCUCUAGUUAUAUACAUGUAUUCGUUCUGUAAAACACCCCCACCCACCGUUCUUGUGCUCGGGCUGACAGUGGCAUUGAGGCCAGUUACAUUCCAAGUGAUUCAUAGGAUCUUGACAGUUGUAUGAAGUAUUAUGUUAGCUUUUUGCAUGUAAUCAUUUCCUUAAAAAAAAACAAAUUGAUACCAAAGUUGUAUUUAAUGAGCCUUAAUUAAUAUUAUGUAACCCUCCUUCUCUUCUUAUAAAUCUCAUUUUUGUAUAGAGAAUAUUUAUAUAGCAAAGUAUGUACAUUUAUUGUAAUUAUUAAAGAUAUGUAGAAUGAGAAUUCUUUCUAAUGGUAAAAUGAUUAAUUUUAGAUGUCCAGAUUUUUUGAGAAUUUCAUGAAAAUUCAAAUCUUAAUAUUGCAUGACUUAAUUUGUCAGAUGAGCAUGUGAGUGAAAUUUUCUUCUUUGUCUGUUCAUUAAUUAAGUCUUUGUGACACUUCUGAUUGUUAUUCGAGAAAACCAUUUGAUACCUCUUUGUUUUACUAUGCAAUGGUGCUCAGUUAAUAUUGCUUGUCUUAUUACAGGAAGUCUACACCUUUUACAAAGAUCGGUGUCAUUUUAUAUUGUUUACAGAAAUCUGGAUUUGAAUAAAUGUUGUAAAAUCU